AUGGUACUUCGCUUGGUGCUUCUGGGAGCUUGGGCCAUCACGGCCCAAGGCCAGCAGUGCGACUGCAGCCCUUGCAAAGAAUACCCAGAGGAAGAUUUCAGUCCCGAUCCCUGCUUCGACAAGUGCAUCGUCACGGGAGACCCUCACGUGGAGCACAGCUGGCGUCCAGGAUUUGAGAACGGAUUCGACUUCCAGCCUCAAGGCAUCUGGCGCUUGGCCAAGACGGACACCUGCGGCGGCCCAGUGGAGGUCCAGGCCUUCUUCUGCCACUACUUCUUCACCAGACUGAGCAGUGCCAUUGCAUACGCGAUCACCAUCAACGGUGGCGACAAGUACAUCAUCAAACGGGUCGGGGAUGAGUUCGAGGUAGGCAGUCCCGACGUGCGGGGCUUCAACGUCAGCUUCGAAGGUGACCCAGUGUCCGGGCGACUCCUCGUCAGUGACGACAAAUGUGUGCGCAUCAAGAUGAACACCGUGCCCCUUUAUGACCGUCGGACGAGGUUCCUGGAUAACCCCUACCUGAACAAUAUCUUCAUGAACAUUUGGGGGUGUGCAACAACGGAGGAAGGCAUUUGCGGUGCUCCGAAGCUGUCGAAGGAAUGGAUCGACCCUGAGAGUGACGAGAAUCUCUUCAAGACCCCUGACCAGCCGGAUCUUUGGAAAGACCUCUGCGAGUUCUGCCAGGAGGGAGGCCAAGCCACCACACCACCGGGCUGCCCGGCACCACCAGGUGGAGAGGAGCCCGGCGAGCCUGGCUGCGAGUUCCUCAGGCCCUAUGGCAGCAUUUGGGACAAGGAGUGCGUACCUCAGCCGGGCGAUUCAGCCAACAACGCCCUCCUCGAAGAGCUUCAAGACGGUGGCGAGAACUGCGUGGCCUUCGCUCGCCUGAACAACGGCCCGAAGUUCCCGGGAAGAACCUGCAGAGACUGGUGCCAGGACCGCGGUGCGGAGUGCGUGACAGUCCGGGACGAUGUUGCUACGGGGAAGUUCCCUACCGAGGACAACAGCAACGCCUGCCAACUGACUGAGGCUGACCACCCCAACAACUUCAUCGGAGGAGACCCAGAGCAACCCAAGACCUGUGAUACGGUCAGCAGGGACACGCAUUGCGUGUGUAAGAAGCCCGACAACCCGGCGCCAGGAGAGUCAGUGGAGAAGACCUGCUUGGAAGCCCGGGAUGAAGCCGGAUUUAACUUCUCGCACUUGGAUGCGGCAGACCUCUGCCGAAGGGAGGCUAUGUGGUUCCAGCGAGUGACCUACCCACGGAACACCGAACAGACGACCUUCGAGCAACGUCUUCUGCUGUACUGCGCCCAGGACGUCUGCGCCACGGACGCGGAAGACAGGCCAGAGGUGGCCCGAAUCUAUCAGGAUCGGGACCCCGACCUGAACGACAAGCCCAAUGUGUGCAAUGGCCCCCUGCUGUGCAACGUCGUGUGCUCCAGCCAGCUUAUCGAGAAUUGGGGCGAGUGUCUGAACCGCUGUGAAGCCCACCGAUCGAAGCUGAUCCAUGCGGUGACGCGCUACUGCAAGAACGGCAUCUGCACUUCGUAUCUGGAAGAGACAGAAACAGUCGGCCUUCUCCAGCACCGCCGAUCCAACCGCUCAGAGAUCAUGAGCUCGCGCAGGCGCAAAGGGGACGACGAUGAUGGAAGCACGCGUCGCCGCAAGGGUGACGACAUCGGUGACGACGAUGUUCCGGACGAUGGGUGCGUGGACAAGCAAUUCAUGUGCAACAUGCUCUGCUCUGGGAUGAACCUGGAGGGUCGAGAGCUUUCGUGGUGCAAGCACAGAUGCACAUCGAAGUUUACCAGCCAGCUCAAGCCCGGAUUGGACCACUACUGCACAGAGUGCAAGCACUACUGCGAGCACCCUCCGGCGACAACCACCACCACGACAACAACCACCACUGCGAUCAACAACGAGUGCAGGUUCUUCACGACCUCCACGACCUCCACAACCACCCAUCCGCCAUACUAUCCGCCAUACCCCAAAGACGACGAUAAGGAUGGCAGCCGUCGCCGCAAAGACGACAGCCGCCGCCGCAAGGGUGAUGACGACGAUGGAAGUGUCCGUCGCCGCAAGGGUGAUGACGACGAUGGAAGUGGCCGUCGCCGCAAGAGUGACGAUGAUGGAAGCAGGCGCCGCAAGAGUGACGAUGAUGGAAGCAGGCGCCGCAAGGGUGAUGACGACGAUGGAAGCCGUCGCCGCAAGGGCGACGAUGAUGGAAGCCGGCGCCGCAAGGGUGAUGACGAUGGAAGUGGCCGUCGCCGCAAGGGUGACGAUGACGGAAGCCGGCGCCGCAAGUACAGCCACCAUCGGCGUCAUUACAAGGACGGGGAUGACUGA